AUGAGUUUAUCAUUUUCAUCUUUUGGGAAAAUUCUUGAAAAAACUCAGCCAAUAGCAGUAGAUGAAGUUAUAAAUCUUAAUGGACAUAUAUUACCAACAAUAAAGAAGGAUAAAAAGUAAUAAAAUACAAAUUAUUAAGCAAGCUCUAAAUGUUUUCUAUGUUGAGAAAAUAUGAAGGAAAACAAUAAAAUGAAUCAUUUCCAUUUAAUACUGUUUCAAGAAGAGCUAAACCAACUCUAUGUUGUAUAAUGCCAGAAAAAUCAUAUGAAGCAAAAUAUACACCAAAAUUUGAUGUAGUUUAGUGUAAAUCUCCUUCUUUUGAUUUUGGAUCAGGAAGUUAAAUCAGAACAAGAUCUAUAUCCAUUUGUAGUCAAGAUUACUAUAUUGAUUAAUAUACUUCUUUUAGAACUAUUUCAAAAUCAACAAAAGCAUCAAAUGAAAAGAAAAACACUAUAUCUCAUAUAAAAGAAGAAUGUCCUAAAUUAUAAAAUUCUUUAAAAAUAUAACUUCUUAAGAAUAAAAGAAACAAGACUCAUAAUUAUUCUCCUGAUUUCAAUAAGUAUACAGAUCGUAAAAAUACUUAGAGAGAAUUUUUGCAAUAAUAUGAUUUACUUGGAGUAAAUUAUGCAAGAAUAGUAAAAUUUAUUUAAAAUAAUGAAAGAAUAAAAGACUUGAUGUAGGAUAUGUUGAAUUUAGUAAAUUUACUAAUAAAGUAAUUAUGAAACAAGACAGAGCUGAAACACCCCCAUCAGUUCGUUUGGAUUACAAUUUUGAUAAACCAAAAUAAAUGAGAAAUAUAUAUUUAGGCAAUAAUAAACCUAUAUAACCUAGAUUAAAACCUAAAUUAUUAUUUUCUAUUAAUAAUUAUAGAUAAAGAUAAGUAAAAAAAACAUAGGAACUAAUAUAGUGGUCAAACUAAUGA